UAACAAUUAAAUUGGUGAUGAAGGUGCAUCAGGCUUAGGUUCUGCUUUAGCAAAUUGCAUUAAUCUCUCAAAUUUGACACUUAACCUUGGUAACAAUUAAAUUGGUGGUGAAGGUGCAUCAGGCUUAGGUUCUGCUUUAGCAAAUUGCAUUAAUCUCUCAAAUUUGACACUUUACCUUAGUCGAAAUUAAAUUGGUGAUGAAGGUGCAUCAGGCUUAGGUUCUGCUUUAGCAAAUUGCAUUAAUCUCUCAAAUUUGACACUUCGCCUUUAUGGCAAUUAAAUUGGUGCCAUUGGUGCAUAAGGCUUAGGUUCUACUUUAGCAAAUUGCAUUAAUCUCUCAAAUUUGACACUUGACCUUGGUCGAAAUUAAAUUGGUGAUGAAGGUGCAUCAGGCUUAGGUUCUGCUUUAGCAAAUUGCAUUAAUCUCUCAAAUUUGGCACUUGAACUUUGUGAAAAUUAAAUUGGUGAUGAAGGUAUAUCAAGCUUAGGUUCUGCUUUAACAAAUUGCAUUAAUCUCAUAAAUUUGACACUUGACCUUUAGUCUAAUUAAAUUGGUGCUAUUGGUGCAUCAGGUUUAGGUUCUGCUUUAACAAAUUGCAUUAAUCUCUCAAAUUUGACACUUGAUCUUAGUUUUAAUUAAAUUGGUGAUGAAGGUGCAUCAGGCUUAGGUUCUGCUUUAGCAAAUUGCAUUAAUCUCUCAAAUUUGACACUUGAUCUUAGUUCUAAUUAAAUUGGUGAUGAAGGUGCAUCAGGCUUAGGUUCUGCUUUAGCAAAUUGCAUUAAUCUCUCAAAUUUGACACUUGAUCUUCC